GUUCAGGGAGGAGGGAGUGGGUUUUCGCUCAGUCUACUGAGAUCCCUGAGCCUCGACGCUUCUGAUUGGCCAAUUCAGACGAAGGCACGAGUGACGGAGGGGAAUUCCCCCGCCAACCUCUAGAUAAAAAAUACUUACAAAGCUCACUGACACUCAUUCAGUUCCAGGUUCUUCACGAGACAAUAAACUGCGACACUGCUGAGAGUGCCCGGUGUGUGUAUCAUGGAUGUUCUUAUGCCCUCCAUGCUAGACGAUGAUCCGCAUAUCAUGGCUGAGCCAGCUGUCCAGAUUUUCGAGCAGCCCAAGCAGAGGGGGAUGCGCUUCAGGUAUAAGUGCGAAGGUCGUUCUGCAGGAAGCAUCCCUGGCGAGAAGAGCUCCGACAACAACAGGACGUACCCCAGCUUGCAGAUCUUGAAUUACAGCGGGAAGGGGAAGGUGCGCGUUUACUUGGUGACAAAAAAUGAGCCAUAUCGUCCACAUCCGCACGACUUGGUGGGGAAGGACUGCAAAGAUGGAUUCUAUGAGGCAGAGUUUGGUCCAGACCGCAGAGUGAUCGCUUUCCAGAAUCUGGGCAUCCAGUGCGUGAGGAGGAGGGAAGUGAAAGAUGCUAUCGUUCAGAGGAUCACCAGAGGGAUCAACCCCUUCAACGUUUCUCGGGAGCAGCUGCUGCAGACGGAGGAGUACGACUUAAAUGUGGUCCGCCUUUGCAUCCAGGUUUUUCUUCAGGAUGAGAAUGGCCACUACACCCGAGCGCUCAACCCGAUCGUCACAAACCCCAUCUACGAUAACCGGGCUCCAAACACAGCAGAGCUGAGGAUUUGUCGGGUCAACAGGAACAGUGGAAGCGUUAAAGGAGGGGAUGAGAUCUUCUUACUGUGUGACAAAGUACAAAAAGAUGACAUUGAGGUCCGUUUCUUCUCCUCCGACGGCUGGGAGGCCAGAGGCUCCUUCUCCCAGGCGGAUGUUCAUCGCCAAGUGGCCAUCGUGUUCAAGACCCCACCGUACUAUAACACCUCCAUCAUAGAAUCGGUCACCGUGCACAUGCAGCUGCGCCGACCCUCCGAUCAGGAAGUCAGUGAACCCAUGGACUUCAGAUACCUACCUGAUGACAAAGAUCCUUACGGCUAUAAUGAGAAGAAACGCAAACCAGAUUACCUGAUGAAAAUAUCAGGAUUGAAGAGUCGUCUGGCACUGAAUCGGUCAAAGCCUGUCCUGCAGAAUACUAUGGGUCACUUGCGGAGAGAUGCAAGCAACAUGUAUCUGAUGCAACAACAGCCCAAUGUUUUCAAUCAGCCCUGCCAAUCAGGCCUUCAGGGUGUCAUUACGACACCACAAGGUACCGGUUUACAAAUCAGUAAUCAAUGGGGAAAUCCCAACCCAGCCCUCUCAAUGGACACAGUCACCAUAAACCCAUCUGGAUCCAUGAGCAAUCGUCCAAUAAAUGGCAGGCAACAGCAGCCAAACCGCGAAGUUAGUUACCCCUCUAGAGUGGAGCACAACAGCUGUGAGAGCAACGCCCUCCCUCAGCUCUCCAUGCGGGAUCUGCAGUACUUGGAUACAGAUCCCCAGGCCCCUGUGAUGAGCCAGGCAGAGUCCCAGCUGCUCUUCCACCAGCAGCAUCAAAGGGAGAAUCUUGCCUCUGAGACUCAGGCCUACUUGAGCAACCAGAAUCAAGGUCUCCAAACCAUGUGGCCCAACUUCAGUACACUCAAUACAGUACAGAAUAACUUUAAUGGGUCAGUACCUGGAGGUGGAGGGGGGUCGCAGGGUCUUACGCCUUUUCCCUUUCUGGAAGAGAUGGAAGACAAUGAAUUUCUGAAGGGCCUGGUUGGAGGACCGUCUCAGGCUGGCUUCCGGCUGAAGCAGGAGCCCCACACAGUUGGACCAAAUAGUAGCUCCUCUCUCAUGCUGUCCCCAAGAGAGAACCAAGGAAAUACUUACAUCAACUUGCUCCCUCGUCCCACAAGCAAUGACACCAACAUAAAUCUCACGAGGCAAGAUGGCAGCCGCAUCUCGCAGUCCUUUCCAAAUCCUUAUCCAAACAACAGCAUGGCCUCAGAUGGCCAUUUCGCCACGGUGGCUGACUGGCUCAAAGCUUCUCAGCAAAACGACUAAAACAAGCUUCUUUUUUUUUUUUUAAUAUCAACACAUGAACAGAAGCAGCUCAGUGGGGAUCAUAGGUCUUGUUUAGCCUUGCUAAACCAGAAAUUCUGCUUCACCUAUGCUAGCCCAACAAGGCUCAGAAGCUAAAAGCUUGGGUUAUUACAUCAGAGGGCAUAAGACCAAACAUUGCUGGCAGCCAGAUGAGUCCAAACCCAGACAGUGUGCCAAGGAAGCACAAUUUAUAACUUAUUGGUUUCUUAUUAAUGAAAGAUUUCACCAAGAAUGUCAUCUGUUUAGCAUAAAAUGACAUUUGUCAGAAUGUAUAUGUUCUUUCCUUCCCAGAUGUUAUCAAGCAAAUUUACUAUAACACGAUAAAAAAAAAAAAAAUAGGCCAAACCAUUUAUGUCUGAAAUUUCUUUAAUAAUGUGUUACAAAAUAAAUUCAAACCUGUCACUUUGGAUUGAGUACAUCUACUGUUAAUGUUCUGCAGACUGAUCAGCACAACUUAGGACUUGCAAGUGGGUGAGCCAUGCUUUAGGCUGAAUGAAUGACCUAAGCAAACAGCAAGCUAAUGGUUUCCAAGCCUAAGUUAAAUCUCUAAGGAAGUGAAUGUACUACUUUUCUUACUUUGUUUUUUGUUUUUAAAAGUAGAUUUCGGAGUCACUGUCAAUGUAAUGUAUACAAAAUGUUUUAUUGUGAGGUGGUUUGAUUUAAAGAAAAGCAUGCGCUUUUUUUUCUUUUAUGUAUAAAAGAAGCGGCUGUUUAAUGUUAUAGGUUGACUUUUUAUUUCUUUGUAAAGUUUAUUUUUACAUGUCAGUGAAAGUAUGUUGCUCUUGUUUUGUUGUUGUUUGGUUUGUUUGUUUGUUUGUUUGGUUUUUAUAACCUGAGCAUUUGUUGUUAAGUGCACUCUGUAUAUGUUAGCCACAGUUGAGCGUGAAAGCGGUUAUCAUACUUAAACACUCACAAACUGGCAAGGUACUGAAAUUUCCAUAGAGGAAGUAGGAGGAAGCACAGUGGUGCCUUUCCUAUGUAAUGACUAUGUCAUACCAGUGAUCCCGUGUUAUCCAGAGUUCCCAAACAUCUUUUCUUUUUUUUAAACAGAGCUUAUAUAGAUCCAGAUGUUAAUUUUAUGUUUUAUUGUUUGAUUUGUUCUUAGAAACACCUUUUGAAAGCUUCUUGUUUAUUGAUGAUUGGUUGCAAAUGCCUGACAAUUCAGGAACGCUGGUUCUUUGUCGGGCAGCUUUCAACCUAUUUUUUUUAUUACUUUUUGACUUACAGAGGCUUUUUGGGCUUAAAUGAAAGGUAUUCAUUUGAAGACCAGUUUGUACAACUUGCUCUUUUUUUUCUACAUGAUCAAUUCUUAAUAAAAAGAGAAAUUAUUUCUA